CUCCUACGGCCUUUACACUUUACAGGAAGACCCCCCAACCCAACUCACCUCACGUCUCUGUCCUAUAUAUAUCUUCAAUCCCUCCUCCAAAUUCGUCCCAUCAUUUUCCCCUUCCACAAUUCUUCCUUCCAGGUCCCUUUAAUCGUUAAUAAUAAUCUCUGGGUUUUUUUUCUUAAUCCCUUUUUGUUUGUUUGUUCGUAACCAUGGCUUUCUUCAAGCCAUUAAUAUGUCUGUUCUUGGCGUUACUGGCCGUUUCGUCUGCUCUGGACAUGUCCAUUAUCGAUUACAACAGGAAUCAUCGUAUUGGUGGCGCCGGCGACGACGAGACGGUGGUCAGAGCUUUGUACGAGUCAUGGCUUGUAAAGCAUGGCAAGGCUUACAAUGCCCUUGGCGAGAAAGAGAGAAGAUUUGAGAUUUUCAAAGAUAAUCUCCGGUAUAUCAAUGAACACAACGCCGACGAGAGCCGUAGUUAUAGAUUGGGUUUGAACCGUUUUGCGGAUCUGACCAAUGAGGAGUACCGCCGUAUGUAUUUGGGUGGCCGGAUGAAUAGGGCCGGUCGGCUAUUGUCUGCUCGUGCUAACGGCAGGUACGCUUUCCGGGCCGGCGACGCACUUCCGGCUUCCGUUGACUGGAGAGCUAACGGCGCCGUCACUGCGGUCAAGGAUCAAGGCCAGUGUGGGAGCUGCUGGGCUUUUUCAACCAUUGGAGCUGUUGAAGGAAUCAAUCAGAUUGCAACUGGGGAAUUGAUCUCCCUCUCCGAGCAAGAGCUGGUUGAUUGUGACAGAGCCUAUAACCAGGGUUGCAAUGGAGGUUUGAUGGAUUAUGCCUUUGAUUUCAUCAUACAAAAUGGUGGUGUUGAUACUGAGGAAGAUUAUCCUUACCGUGCUCGUGAUGGCACUUGUGAUAAAAACAGGAGAAAUGCCCGUGUUGUGUCAAUUGAUGUUUACGAGGACGUGCCUACUAAUGAUGAGAAGUCCUUACAGAAAGCUUUGGCACAUCAGCCUAUCAGUGUUGCCAUUGAAGCAGGAGGCAGAGCUUUCCAGCUUUACCAAUCGGGUGUCUUCACUGGACAAUGUGGAACACAACUAGAUCACGGGGUCGUUGCGGUUGGGUAUGGUACAGAAAAUGGUGUAGAUUACUGGAUUGUGAGGAAUUCAUGGGGACCAGCUUGGGGAGAGGAAGGCUAUAUCAGGCUCGAGCGAAACCUUGCCAAUGUCACCACCGGGAAAUGUGGUAUUGCCAUUGAGGCCUCUUAUCCUGUGAAGACCAGUCCUAACCCUCCCAAGCCUGAACCUUCCCCUCCCUCUCCCGUAAAACCUCCAACCGUUUGCGACGACUACUACUCAUGCCCUGAGGGAACCACAUGCUGCUGCGUCUACGAGUACGGUCACUAUUGCUUUGGCUGGGGUUGCUGUCCUCUUGAGGCUGCUACUUGCUGCGACGAUCACUCGAGCUGCUGCCCACAAGAAUAUCCUGUUUGCGAUGUUGAAGCCGGAACUUGCCUAAUGGUAAUUCAGUCUAUUCUCAUAUUCAUUAAAUUUCGAUUAGUAAAACCAUUCAAUUUAACACUAGUAGAUUAUAAUGCCUGUUCAACUUGCAUUAAGAGGAUUCUUAAACUUUUAAAUUUGAACUUGCAGAGCAAGAACAAUCCAAUGAGCGUUGCAGCAUUGAAGAGGAGCCGAGCUAAAUUUAACCUGGGCCGUGUGUUUGGAAGGAAGAUUAGCCAUCCUUGAGAUAUUCUUUGAUUUCCUUACCUGGUGAUCUGGAAGGAAGAUUGUGGAGGGUUUUAUAUUUGCAUAUUUAAUAUUUAUUAGGCUAGACUUUUCACCUUGGGUUGAUAACAUCAUCCUCAAUCCAUCAUCCUUUGUAAAUAGUAAUCAUGAAACUGGAAGCCUUUUACUUUUAUAUUAUUUACAUCUAAAACUACGAUUUGUGGGUUGUACAUAUUAAAAUUGUUGGAUUAUUUGCUCUUUUAAGUUCUUAUUGUCUCC